GGGUCGACUUUCCAGGCGGCCAAAGCCAAACGAAGCCAAAUCGUGGAAGGCGACUGUGUCGGUGCGAGCCCCAAUCAGCCGUACAUGUGUCGGAAUAUCAGCGUGUCCAUGUCGCAUUUCAUCAUUCAUCUUCAGCCGCCGUGAAGCGGCCCUUUUGCCACUUUAACUCAUUUAAAGAAGGCAGCGUUAACCCCGCUGCACCCCCAGCGCUCCCCGAUCACUCAACUCUCCUCUUCCGUCACGCAAUUGCUACACUACAAUCCCAUUGCGUCUCCCUCUUUCUAUUUUUGGCAAUUGCUCCGCUGGGAUUACACACAAAGCAACAACAGAUGGAGCUUUGAUUCUAGAACAAGUGUUUGAAUUUCCUGCUACACGACGCACCGCUUCCAUCGAGACCCCGCUUUUGUCUUAAAAUGGGGUCGGCCGAACUCUCCCAUUUUCAGAAUUCUUCCAAAGUAGCCAUGGUCAAGCAAGGAGGAGGGUCUCGGAGCAAACUGGCGUCGGACGGCGUUCUCUUCGGAGGUGGAGCUCUGGCCGCUCUUCUCACGGUUUGGGCUGUCCUGUCCUUCAUGAGCCCAAGCCCUAGCCCUAGCUUCUCAAUUCCGGUGAAUAAGCCUAGAAAGGCCGCGAUUUUGCCUGAAACUGAGGCGCCGUCGCCGCUAGACUGCGCCGGGGAUGCGCUGCGUGUUAACCUGCGCGACGACCCGCCCGAUCCGACGUUCUACGAUGACCCGAAAGUCGGCUACACCAUCGACCGUCCGAUCAAGAACUGGGACGAGAAGCGGAAGGAGUGGCUGAGGAUUCAUCCGUCGUUCGCCGCCGGAAUGGACGAGCGCAUCCUCCUGAUCACCGGCUCGCAGCCGACGCCGUGCAAGAACCCCAUCGGCGACCAUCUCCUGCUGAGGUUCUUCAAGAACAAGGUCGACUACUGCCGAAUCCACGGCUACGACAUCUUCUACAACAACGUCCUGCUCCAGCCCAAAAUGCACACCUACUGGGCCAAAAUCCCGGCCAUCCGUGCGGCCAUGGUGGCUCACCCGGAAGUCGAGUGGAUCUGGUGGGUCGACUCCGACGCCGCCUUCACCGACAUGGACUUCAAGCUGCCCUUAGAACGCUACAAAAACCACAACCUCGUCAUCCACGGCUGGAGCCGGAUGAUCUACGAGGAGAAGAGUUGGGUGAGCAUUAACGCCGGAGUUUUCCUCAUCCGAAACUGCCAGUGGUCGUUGGAUUUCAUGGAGAUCUGGGGCAGCAUGGGCCCACAAACCCCAAACUACGAUAAAUGGGGCCAAAUCCUGAGAUCAACGCUUCCCGACAAGGUCAUCCCGGAAUCCGACGAUCAAUCCGGCCUGGUUUAUCUACUCCUGAAAGAGAAAGAAAAAUGGGGGAACAAGAUCUACGUCGAGGGAGAGUAUUACUUCGAAGGGUACUGGCUCGAGAUAGUGGGGACGUUCGAAAACAUCACCAACAAAUACAUAAAUAUAGAGCAAGGGGUAAAGAAGUUGCGACGGCGGCACGCCGAGAAGGUGAGUGAGGCCUACGCCGAGCUGAAGGAGCCGUAUCUGAAGGAGGCCGGGUACGGGCGGUUCAGCUGGAGGCGGCCGUUCAUCACCCACUUCACCGGCUGCCAGCCGUGCAGCGGCAACCACAACCAGAUGUACUCCGGCGAGUCCUGCUGGGACGGCAUGCAGAGGGCUCUGAAUUUCGCCGACAAUCAGGUUCUGCGUAAUUUUGGUUUUGUGCGCAGGGACAUACUGGAUACCUCCUCUGUCUCUCCUUUGCCGUUUGAUUUUCCGGCGUAGUAGAUAUAGAUAUAUAUAUAUAUAUUACAUAUGAUCAACGAUUGCAUUUGGUUUAUUGUUACAGUGUUGCUAUUCUGUAAAUAAAACUUGGUGAACUCUUUUAAGAAUUGGCUUUGAAUUGGGGUCUUUA